UGGCAGAGUUUGAUGCUGUCCAUCGCCAAAGGUUUACUGGAGGAGGAGGAGCGGGAGCGAGAGCUGGAGAGGGCGAGGUACAUGGCUGAGAACUGUCCUCGUGUGGUCAUGCCCAGGACCAUGCAGGAGCUGCAGGAGCUGUGCAGAGAGAUCCACCACAAGAUCGAAGUGAUCGACGAGGAGCGGUACGACCUGGACAUGAAGGUCCAUAAAACCAACAAGGAGAUUGACGACCUGAAGAUCAAAGUUCAGGACCUGAUGGGCAAAUUUAAGAAGCCCGUCCUGAGGAAAGUGCGCAUGUCUGCCGACGCCAUGCUGAAGGCUCUGCUGGGCUCCAAACACACGGUGAACCUGGACCUGAGGGCCAACCUGAAGCAGGUCAAGAAGGAGGUGAAAGAGGAGGAUAAAGAGCUGCGGGACGUUGGCGACUGGCGUAAAAACAUCGAAGACAAAGCCGGCAUGGACGGGAGGAAGAAGAUGUUUGAGGCCGAGGCUUAAAUGAUCGGCUCUGAACGAAGCUGCGGCGGUUUGUCGCUGAUCGGUUUGAUCACAUCAGACACAUUUAGAUAAAACGAAUUAAACGAUUGUUGUGAGCUGCAGAAGCUGAAUAAACAGGGUGAAGGAGC